AUGGAGGACCAGAGGCAGAGAGUCGCCGGCGUGGACGCCGCAGGCGGCGGCCUCGGCGGCGCGGGAGCCGUCCUCCGCACCGCCACCACCUGCGCCGCAGCCACGUACAGGGCGGCGGCGGCAGGGGACGUCGCCUCCGUAGCGUUCGUGAUCGUCAGCUACGGCGCUCUCCUGCUAAUGCUCCGCUUCCUUCGCGCCUACGAGGUCUUCGCCGGAGGCGCUGUCCGUAGGGAAGGGCUCAGGCGCAGGGUCUGGGCGCUCUGCACGCUGCUCACCGCCAUGUUCGCCUGGAAGGUUGCCGGCGUGAUGACGUGGCCCGUCGCGCUGGGCGUCUGGGCCGCGGCGGCCGUGACGUCUGCGGCUGGCUUCUGUUCUCAUGUUUCGUCAGCGUCGACUCUGAUGAGCACUGAAUCUCAGAUUCCGUGUUUGGAAAAUAUUUCAGGCACGUACACUAUGCAGUGA